UGCAAGCUGUUAAGAUAAAUCUUAAAACUUUUCAACAAAUUUCUCCGUCAAAUAUAUGGAAGUGUCAAUCGUAAUUAGUUUAUUAGUACAAUGUGAUGAAAAGAGUUUGAAAGUCGCUAGUGCAUUCUACGGAUAUAAUUAAGUCAGAAAUGUUGUAUAUACUGACGCAGAAUUCCGUGAUUUUUGGGCCACUGACUAUUCAGCUAACAAAUGUUCCUUUGAAACGUGGGAAGCAGACAAUGCACGGUUGACCACAAAACACAGCUUAAAUAAUUAUACCGCGGAUAGAGGUCAGAACUUAGGAAUAGUGUGCCAUUCUGAAAAUGAUAUAAAUUCAAUCUUUACAUAUGUGGGAUAGUGUAACAUCAGGGAAGGAAGUGGCGUGAGGGGUAAUUUUUUAUUAGCGUUGUCAAGAUAUGUUAACGUUGUCAAGGAGUGUAGUGACCGUUACCAAGGUAUGUUAAAGGAAAAAUGAGCAUAGUGAAUGCUGUCAGAGUUGAAUUUAUCGUGGUCGUGUGAAGAUCGUUGUGUUGUUGUGUCGUAAAAGUAGUGAAAAACAAAUACGCGAAACGGGGUAUUGUAUUCGAUUUCGUGAAGCGGUAUAAUAGAAGAUCGUUAGCUGUUGAGAAUAAUAUCGUGUGUAUUCAAAGACAUUAUUGAAAAGACUAAGAUGGCAAAUUAUGAAGAGGAACAAUUUUCAAGUGAGGAAAAUCUAACGCUGAAAGAAUUAAGAAACAAGCUUGCUCAGUUGAAUCUACCGAUAUCUGGUGCAGGGUCAGUGUUGGUGGCCAGACUAAAUCGAGCGUGUAGUGCUGGACAAUCAAAUCUCAAAGGGCAAGCAAACGGUGAAGGGUCCUCAGAGAAGCGAGGUUCGGGGACCAUACCAAAAACUAGGCGUGAUCGAGGUGUAGGCGAAAAUCUCGAGAGAUUUAGGACAAAGGAAUUAAGAGAACGUCUUGCUAGUAUGGGGCUAGAGACGAGAAGAAGAAAAGCUGAAUUACGUGAGCGACUACAGGUGGCCAUGGAAGAAGAAGAUGCGUCGUCGGAAGAAGAAAGUGACUACGAAAGUGAAACGGAAGACGAUGAAGAAGGUGAAAGAGAACGCAGAAGGAGCGCGCGAGAUGUACAUCAAAAUUGUGACAAAUGCUGUAGAAAAACACGUAGGCGUACAACACUAAGUUUUCAAGAUGUCCAAGACACCUUAGAAGCUUUUAUGGGCGAAAAUAAUGAAAAUAUCAAUCAAUGGUUCAAGACGUUUGAAGAAACGGCAAGCAUGUGUAUGUGGACAGAAGAACAGAAAGUAAUUUAUACAAAAAAGCUGAUGAAAGGAUCAGCAAAAAUAUUUGUGAAUUAUGAGGCCAUGCUAGAACUUGGCAUGAAUUGAAAAGAGGACUAAUAAAG